AUGUUGCUUUCCCCAUCUUCCCUCUCAAUUUCUUUCUUUCUUUUUAUCUUCUUUCUUUCUUUCUUCUCAAACACCUUCUACCUUUCCUUUAUCUGUCUUUUUCUAUCUUUCACGCAUCCUUGCUUCCUUUCUGUCUCUCAUUCAUCUUAUUCUCUACCUUUCAUUCUCUCUUGCUUCAUCUUUAUUGCAAACUUUCUUUUUCUCUUUCUUCUUUCACUUCUUUCGUUUUCUUCUCAAUGCUUUCGUUUUGAUUCUUUCAUUUUGUUCAUUAAAAUCUUUUUUAUUCGUCUCUCCCACGAGCCGCCAUUUAUUUUCAUUUAUUUGAAUUUCUUUAUUUCACCUUCGUUUAUGAAUUUUUUAUCCGUCUGUAAUUUUUCUUUCUAUCCAUAUUGUCCUCUCCCAUUCCAUCUUUGUAUUUUCUUGUUUUCUUUCUGUGAAUAUGUUGUCAGUAAAUCUAUAUUCCGUUUUUUUUUCAUUACAUAUUAUAUAUCAACCUACAUAUCAUAUCAACCUAUCUCUCUAUCUAUCUAUUUAUCUAUCACAAUCCUUAUCUAUCUAUCUAUCUAUCUAUCUAUCUAUCUAUCUAUCUAUCUAUCUAUCUAUCACAAUCCUUUCAUAUCUAUCUAUCUCCUAAUCCAUUUAUCUAUGUAUCACAAUCCUUAUCUAUCUAUCUAUCUAUCUAUCUAUCUAUCUAUCUAUCUAUCUAUCUAUCAAUCCUUUCAUAUCUAA